UCAUGGAUUAUACUACAUGGAUUAUGUUUAUUACAAAACAUUUCAUUUAUUAAAUAUUACAUCAAGUUGAAUGCAAGGAACCUUUUUUAUUUUUAGUGUACUGCAGAUUCUGGUAUGAAUGUAAACAACAUCAAUGAUAUUAGUUAUCGUUAAUGUUUAUCUCAGAAUCUGCAGUACAUUUCAUAUGUAAGCAAAGAUAUGGAGGCUGCUGUUCUAUCUUCUUAAGCUGUAUAAAUCUUGUGAUCGAGCCAAAAAUGUUUAAUAUCUUCUCGUUACAGAUUAUAAAAUGGGACCCAAGAAGCGCGGUACUAGAGCCUCUAAGCGUAAGAGCGAGGCCAUUGAAGAGGUUGAGGAAACCGUUGAAGAGCCUAUGGAGGCCGAGGAUAACAGCGGGACGGAAGAAAACGGGGGCGGAGAUAAAUCUAGCGUAGAAGAGGAGGAGAAUGUGGCGGAACCUCCGGCCAAGAAGGCGAAGGAAGAUGAGAUAACGGCGGAGGAAGAAGAAAAAAAUGCGGAGGAAGAUGAGAAAACUUCGGAGGAAGAUGAGAAAAUGGCAGAGAAAAAUGGGACGAAGGAAGAAGACGAGGGAGAACAAAUUCGAUUGAAAGAGGAACAGAAGGAAAAGGAAAGAAAGGAAAACGAGGAGAAGAAGAAAAAGGAGGAAGAGGAUAAAAUGGCGGACGAUUUAAAGAAAGAACUGGAAAAGUAUUGGAAAGCUGUGAAGGACGAUCCAUCAGAUUUUACCGGCUGGACAUAUCUCCUGCAGUACGUUGACAACAAGAACGUCGUUCACUCGGGUCGGGAAGCCUACUACGCAUUCCUAAAGAGGUAUCCUUACUGCUACGGGUACUGGAAAAAGUUCGCGGAUUUUGAGAAGAGGAAUGGAACCAACCAGAACGCAGCUGAUGUUUUCAACCAAGGGAUGCAGGCUAUCCCGCUGUCUGUUGACCUCUGGAUCCACUACUUGAACUACGUGAAGCAGGUUCCCGAGUACACAGAUAACGUCGAGUACUUACGCUCUCAGUACAACAGAGCAGUACAGGCAUGUGGAAGGGAGUGGAGAUCAGACAAGAUCUGGGAUCUAUUUGUUAAGUUUGAGGUAUGUGGAUUGAGCCACCAGUUCGACAAGUUCAGGGAGUUCGUCAAGAACAAUCAUCCCAAGGAUCUGAUGGAAACUGCUGAGUUUCUUGCACUCAGGAAAGAGGUUCUGGCAGGUAUAGCUGGAGAAAAGGUUCCCGGAGCUGAUGACGGAGCUGAGGAGGAACCUGCUGCUGAUCUUGUUCCCGGAGAGGAAGGAGCAGAUACAACCGCCUCUGCGGAGGAAACCAUGGCCAUGAGGGAGAAGCUGAUCUUCACGAUGAAGAAGGUGUUCAAGGAGACGGAGAAGUAUGCUGAGAUGAGGAUUGGGUUUGAGGAUAAGAUAAAGCGUCCGUAUUUCCACGUUAAACCUCUGGAGAGAGCCCAGCUCAAGACAUGGGAUUCAUAUAUCGAGAAAAUGAAGGAAUUGUUGAAGGAUGAGAAGAUUGAACAAGAUGAAUUGGAAAUCAUUUACGAGAGGUGUCUCAUAGCAUGUGCUCUGUAUGAGGAGUUCUGGAUUAGUUAUAUUGACUGGUUGACCAGCCUGCCAGGGGAUAACAAGGAGAAAAUCAGAGCUGUUUACAACAGGGCCUGUACGAGUCAUCUACCAGAUAAGGUUGACAUCCACUGCCGGUGGGCGGCCUUCGAAGAACUGAACGGAGAUUUCGACACUGCAGCGAAGAUCCUAGAGGAUCAAGAGAAACUUCAUCCAGAGCUCAUCAGUCUCAAGCUCAAGAGGAUCAAUGUAGAGAGGAGAAGGGGAAAUGAUGAGAAGGUUUGUGAGCUAUAUGAAGCCUGCAUCAAGUCCGCUGAAGCUUUUGCCAAUGACGAUGCAGCUUCCAAGGAUGAUGCCCUCAUGGCGGAUGUCUCAAUUAAGUAUGCCCGUGUACUGCGGUUGUACAUGAAGAAUACAGAGAAAGCUAAGGAGAUAAUAAACAAGGCACUGGAGAUUUAUCCCAAGAAUAUCAAGCUUUAUCUUCAACAAUUAGAUAUUCUGCUGCACACUGUUCCCCACAACUUACCAGAGAUAGAGAAGUUCUUCUCUCACCUCAUGGAGACAGAGAUCAAACCAUCCAUCAAACUCAAGUUCUCACAGCGUAGGGUUGAGUUCCUUGAGGACUUCGGGACCAAUAUGAGCAGUAUUCAGGCUGCUGAGUCUGCUCAUGUUGAAUUAAAGAAAAAGUUGGCGGAAUCCCUGAAAACGGAGGAACCCGAGGAGGGGGAUACCAUCUCUACAAUUAACUCAGACAGAAAAGGAAGAUCAGGAAGUAAUGGUGGACAAUCCUACCCUCCUGUAGCAAACACACCAGCAUACGGGGCUCAGCAGAACAUGGCGUACCAGAACCACGCCUCCAGGUACGCCCCCUACCCUCCCACCAAUUACCCCGCCCAAGGCGGAUACCAGCAAGGAUACGCUGGUGGCGGAUAUGGAGGCGGAUAUUAGUUCACGAGUACAUAGGUCGGCAGGAUUUACUUUACACCCUUCACCCUUCAUAUCGAGGUUGAUAAUAAUUUUUCAAAAUAUAAUCUAAUUUUUGUAUCAUUCAGCAGGUAAGUGGUGUACUGAAUCAGCUAUUCAUUUAUUAAUUUAAAUUUUCAAAAUUAAGAAUUUUCAGCUUAUCGUUCGGACAGAGAACCCAUCGAUUCUUCAAUACUGGAAGUAUUUAUUUAAUUUGUUUAUUUUUGAAUUGUUUACUAAAUUUAAAAUUUUGUGAUUAAAUAUUGAAACAGUGUGAUCCUAAACCCCAUUUUGUGAUCUUAAAAUUGUGCUGAUCCUGUCUGUAAUUACAACAUUUUUUGUAAACGACGAUAAUGUGAUUUCAUUGAAAUGAUCUGAUAACGUUGAAAUAAUGUGAUUACAUUCAAAUAACGUGAUUACAUUCAAAUGAUGUGAUUAUUAGAUUCCUAAGAUGUAUUAAAAAUCAACCUCUGUAUCGUAAUGUAAUGUAAACCUGCCAUCACUGUUCUCUGUAAAAGUUAAUAUUGUAUCUCGCUGUACCUAAACUUUGUACGCUAAUGUAUUCCCUGUACUUCAGUUCACAUUAAAUUGUAUUUUCUCUUCAAAUUUUGGAUUUGACGCAUUUUUCCGGUUUUCA